AUGUCCUCUGAAAGCAUAUUAUUCCAAGAUAUUUUUGAUAUUAGAGAUCUUGACCCUCAAGGAAAGCGAUUUGAUAGAGUUUCGCGCCUUGUCGCCCGUUCUGAAAACUAUGAAAUGGACUUGACAUUAGACUUUAAUGCUGAAAUCUAUCCUUUAAAGAUUGGAGAAAAGUUUUCACUUGUCUUGGCCUCUUCUCUUUCCCUCGAAGCUACAGCAAGCACAAGUGGUGUCGAAAAGAAAGAAAGCUGGCGUGAACGAGCACCAGGAGAACGUGAUUUGAGUGACGAGUAUGAGUAUGUGAUGUUUGGUAAGGUCUAUAGAUAUGAAGAUUCAAACAAGGGCGCAGCUGGUCAACAAGUUGCUGUCUAUGUAUCUUUUGGAGGACUUUUGAUGUGCUUAGAAGGAGAUUACAGACACUUGCAGAAUUUGACAGUGGGCGAAAAUAUUUAUUUGUUGAUUAGAAAGUAA